AUGUCUUCCCAGCCGGAUAAUCGCACCUGGGAAAUCCAGCAGAAGGAUGCCAAACAGGCUUUGGCAGACGACAAAUACGAUGACUGCUUGUCCUGCAGAGUAACUGGUUCGGCAGCAUUCGUUGGUCUCGGCAUCUACAGUUACUAUACUGGUAUGAGCAACCUGCGCAAACAAGAGAAGAUGAUCAUGCAAGGUCCUUCCAAAUACAAAAUGGGCUCACGACAGCUCGGUAUUGCCACCAUAUCUGCGACUUUGAUUGGUAUGGGCAUCUGGCGCGCAGUGAACUAG